AUGCAUCGGCUCGCUAACCGAUUUUCGCCAGACGACAAUAUCUCGGCACAUCAACGGUUGUUCAUCGCCAUCAAUGGCUAUUCAUCGCCAUCCUCGUCUGCACGUCCUACACGAUACAAGUCGCCGGCUCGAUCCCACGACAACAUCUCGGCACAUCAACGGUUGUUCAUCACCAUCGAUGGCUAUUCAUCACCAUCCUCGUCUGCACGUCCUACACGAUACAAGGUCAGUCCACGUUGCAAAGUGGUGGUGGCGGUGGUGGCGGUGGUGGUGGUGGCGGUGGCGGUGGUGGCGGUGGUGGCGGUGGUGGCGGUGGUGGCGGUGGUGGCGGUGGUGGCGGUGGUGGCGGUGGUGGCGGUGGUGGCGGUGGUGGCGGUGGUGGCGGUGGUGGCGGUGGGGGCGGUGGGGGUGGUGGCGGCGGUGGUGGUGGCAGUGGCGGCGGUGGAGGCGGUGGUGGCGGUGGUGGCGGUGGUGGUGGUGGGGGUGGUGGCGGCAGUGGUGGCGGUGGUGGCGGCGGUGGAGGUCGGUGGUGGCGGUGGCAGUGGUGGCGGCCUGAAAGUGCAUGGCAACGUCGUCGUCGCCUGGGUGCGUUUCCUUCAACAUAACGAUGAAGAUGAAGGUGCAGUGGAUGAAGAAGCUAUACAGGAGUAUGAGCGUAUGGGAUGCAUUGCACAAGUACCGGAAGCACUGCUGCGCUCCGCAAUCGGUCCUACCGAUCCGGAAGUCGCUGGUGUACUGCGAAGUACCUUCCUACACGACCGUACCGGUGCUGCUGGUGUACGGCAGCUGCAUGAAACGUUGCAAGGAAACAUCGUUGGUAAUAACUUUGAUGGCGGUGGCGUUUAUGGUUCACCACUUGAGACAGCUGGACCGACCGGCACAGCUAAUGAUAUCCUUCAUGAUGCUGGCGCCUAUGGACCACCGCUUCGUACAGGUCCCGAUGUACCCGCGCCUGGAACGACCACCUCCGACACUCGCAUGGCAGAUGCUGGUGCUACGGGCUUGGCGCCUGUCGCGGUCGUCCUGCGCCAACCAGGCGAUCCUGCUGAUGCCAAUCUGGGCAUCCCGAAUGAACUGGAGGUGGUCCUUCCACAACCAGCUCCUGUUCCGACGGACGGCACCGACUUUGAUAACCGGCCCAACGUGGUGCACGACUUGCUCACUGGGCGUGCACGUCUCGCGUUCGCUGCUGGCGGCCGUGGUGCUCAGAUCCUGGAUGACCGCCAUCCAGCCAUCCUCAACGUCUGCUUCCCGGUUUCGUUUCCAUAUGGUUUGUCCGGACAACGGCCACCGGGUAUGUCGUUCGCCUCGUAUUGCAGCCACCUCGUACGGAGGGUGCCACGGGCGCAGUUCAGCGGUAACUUGAUGCUGCUUGCCCGAAUGUAUGAUAUCAGCGUGCGGCAGCAAAGCAUGGCGCAGCGACGGCACCUGCUGUCGCAACAGUCACCCGUGGUGCGUGCCCUCCUGGAUGGCGCACGCGCCAGCCUGCUACGAAUCGACCUUACAGAUGCCUACUACAACGGUGCAAAAGCCACGAUGCGUGCGGCUGCCCUCACUAUUGGCUGGCCGCCAUUGUUCUUCAAUCUGAACCCGGCGGACAUGCACGCUAGCUGUGCCGUUGUAGCCUCCGGUCAGGUCAUAGAUUUUGAUGACGCCGGGCGUCCGACCCAUAUCAGCAGCACGGUGGAAAAGUGGCGCCGCGUCAAAGAAGACCCACACAGCUGUGCGGCGCUGCUCAUCGCCACCAAAGAGGUGUUGGUGGAACACCUGUUUGGCUUCACGCCUGGAGCAAUGCGACAAACUGACCCCAACUGUUUCUGUGGGGUCGUAUUUGAGGUAGUCGUCAAAAUCGAGCAGAGCGGACGAUUGGCACUACACCUGCACGGAGUCGCACACCUCCAGUACUUCGCGCUGGACAACCUCCAAGCGUUAUUCUGCGGUCCGAAUUGCCGAGCUCUGGCGCUUGCAUACGCGUUGUGCGAAAUGUGGUACCCCUCGCCGUACUAUGCUCCGACACCGACCAAUGAAAUGCAGCCUCUCGUCAUGGGUAUGUCUAAUACGGAAGCGCAGCAACACGGCUUGUCCGUGCCAGAAGUACAGGCAAAUUGCCCACCUGCCGCGUACGACUUUGAAUGCCUGGCAGGGUGUGCAAACGGCGGACUACCACCUCCAUCCCGGCACUGCGCCUGCCGUGCCCAUCAUGCUGCCGCCAUACGCAGCACCCUCACCCACACCCACAGUUCAACAUGCAAGCGGCACGGCUGCCGUGGCACCGACGACAGCUGCGGCAUGGCCUUUCCCCGAUUUAUCCGCACAGCUUUCCAGUGGGUCGGUACCACCGGUCUAUUUUUGCUGCCCCGCCUCGCAUCCAACCUGGUGCCGCACAUGCCUGCGAUUGCUCUGGCCUUCGGAUGCAACCAUCUGAUGUCCCUGGCCUGCGAAGUCGACCGGGAUUACACGGCUGACAUCGCCGCCCAACUAGCGCGUCCCAUCAACGAACGCGGCGACUGCCCCCUCCUACAACCCGCCAUUGAUCGCGCCCGUGACGCUGCGUACUACAGCUCCAAGUACACUGCGAAGACAAUCGAACGCAGCCAGGCGCACCUCACGUGUACCGCCGUAGGGCGUGUACAGGACUUCAUGAUGGCAGGUCACCAACCCAGUGCCACUGGUCAUGAACCCAGCGUGUUCGGCAACCUGUGUACUGCGGUGCAUCGCAUGACGGCUACCAUCACGGCCGGCAUGGCACUGGUUGCUUUCAAACUAUCGGGCCACGACACGUUCCAAGCAACCUACAAACGCAACUACCUGGCGACAGGCGCCUUCACUGCACUGGCAUCCGAUUCCGCUGUGGAACCAGAAGACGCGGAAACCGGCGUGGAGCUUGUAGAGGCGGACGAACAUGGCGACUACACCCUCGCCAACGUUGUGCAAAACUACACGCAACGUGGUGUGGAGCUGAGCGGCUUGGACUGCAGCGCUUACACCAUCGCAUCCAACUUCGAGGUGAAACGUGUAACACCCGCGCAACACCCUCAUGCUGCCGUCCUUGGCGCUCAAACCCACGCCGUACCUGGCCGCCGCAAACGCAAGGUCCCUGGCGCCGCCAUUACCCCUACGACUGACGCACCUCGCGCUCCAUCUGGCAACCAGCCCGACACUCCAUUGACGUCCCCUGCACCAGCCGGCCCAUCCGUGGAACAGCUGCCCACUAACCCAACGUCAACCAUACCUCCCAAGAAUGUGGCCUUCCAACCAACGCACCCCCUAUAUCUGACGCACGUACUUCAUCGCCUAGCGCAACCAAGGUACGUUGUGUUGGCUGCCGACGCCGGCGCGUGCCACAACAAUGAAGUCGAGGCGUGUGGCCUGCUUACCGACAGCCGUGAACCGCCCGACGACGGCCGCGGCCCGUACUGGCGCCUCCACUACCUACCUGCAGCCGUCUUGGUCCGUCCCAUUAAAGGGCACGCGCCCAAAGCGGUGCUAGCAGACUUAUCGGACUUCGCAGCCAAAGGUGCUGCCUUCGCCAUCGUACCACGGCCCUCGCCGGCAGCAAACAUCACCGUGCCAGCCGCCAACACCGGCACCACCACCAAAAAUGUACGUCGAGUCAAUGUACCGCUUGGUGACUACUACGCCGUCACCGACUACUUCGUACAGGGCCGUAGCUUCAAGGAAGAAUGCUGGGUCGCAGACCUUUCCGUCCCGCCCGGUGGCCUCAAGCGUGCAACCAUGUACGUGUUGCUCACCUGCUACAAGACACUCGACCACAUCCGCCUCCUGCGCCCGCUCUCUACCACACCCGAUGAACGAACACGAGUCGUCAAACAGUUCAUGGCAGCAACCAAGCUGGACCCCGACCUGGCGGCCGAACUCCGCCUCCUGGAUCGCCGUGCAACCGAAACACGUGAACGCUAUACGACCGAGUACAAACACGCCAGAAACCUAGAGGAGCGUUGGACCUCCGCAGCCAACACCACCUGA